AUGCCAUCCGCCACGGAGGGAGGGAUGAGGAAGAAGGAGAAGAAGAAGAGGGACACCGAAGCGUACGGGCGAAGACUGGACGAGAGCAAGACACACGCCGUUGGUCGGACCACGGCCAGGACCGAGAGUCCCCUAGGCAAGACAAGCCUCAAGACCGCAAGAGGAGAGGUGGACGAGAGUGGUCACUUGAUCACAAAGGAGAGACAUCUCGACACAGCCCUGGCAUAG